AUGGCUGAUAAGGGAGCGAAAGGGCGGAAGGAGGAGGUGGUUACCAGAGAGUACACCAUCAAUCUCCACAAGCGGCUCCAUGGAUGGUAAUCCUGAUCUGUUUUGUGACUCUGCCGCUCUUCUGAUCGAUCGAUGGACGUGAUUUGGUUUCGUCGAAAGAUCCAUACUCAUAUUUGCUUUGGUCGAACGAUGAGAUUUGCUUUCGUCCCAAGAUCCUAUUCAUAUUCAUUCUUGUCCUUCGUUCUCCGUUCAUCCUCUUCAACAUCUCUAGUUCAGACUUGCUCACCGAAUGUGUUGUCUUCAAAAUUAAUGAAAUCAUGUUAUCCUCGGUGGGCAUUCUUAUUCUGAUUGAAGUAUGCUCUGAGGCAUCGCAUUCUGACGACGAUGCCUGUUUACGGCUCUUCAAUCUCCAUGAAAGGAGAUCACCAGGCCUGGGCUUGAUGUUCUCCCCAUACACACACACACACACACCCACACACUUCUAUAAGUACACGAGAGAUUCUAGGGUUCUUCACGAAUUUCAUAUGCAGAGACGGCGUGAACUUUCCAUUUUGCAGCACAUUCAAGAAGAAGGCCCCGAAGGCAAUCAAGGAGAUCAGAAAGUUCGCCCAGAAGGCGAUGGGGACCACCGACGUGAGGGUUGACGUGAAGCUCAACAAGCAGAUCUGGAGCCGGGGCAUCCGCAGCGUCCCCCGCCGGGUCCGCGUCCGUAUCUCCCGCAAGAGGAACGACGACGAAGACGCCAAGGAGGAGCUCUACUCUCUCGUCACGGUGGCUGAGAUCCCCGCCGAGGGAUUGAAGGGAUUAGGCACCAAGGUCAUCGAGGAAGGAGAUUAG